GUCAGUUCGAAACAGCAGUGGGGGUCAGUUCGAAACAGCAGUUCACACUACUGGUAUCUGAUAUAGGCCACAUUUUAAAAGUUGACAUCUUUUUAAAAGAAAACAAGACCGCGAAGAAACUCAGGAAAAAAAGAAAAACGAUGAAGAACAGAAGUAGCAGCUACAUAGACCAGCGACUCAAACAGAGAGUUGAACAGUACCUGAAAUCCACCAACACGCAGUAUGUUGAUGUUGCUGAAAUGGCUGCAGAAUUUCAACAACAGUACAGGAUGGAUUAUGGCCGAAGGAACAAAACAGCUUUUCGGAUACAGGUGGAAAAAGUGCACAAGGUCAUAUGUGAGGAGUCUGGGAUCUCAGCACUGGAAGACAAGCACUUGGCUAAAAGAGCAAGACGCAGCAAAGAGGACGAGGGUGAGGACAGCAGUGUGCUGAGUGACAGCUCAGACAGCGAGGCAGAUUUCUCUGAAAAUGAGAACACCAAUCACAUGAACAACUCACUGAUGUCCCUGUAUUGUAAGGGAAAUCCUGAGAACAGAGCAGGGCAAAAGGAGCAGGGCAACAGCAGCCCAAAUCCAGCCCUCCAGAAGGGUUCAUCAGCAGAGGGCGCCAGCAGUUGUUGUACCUCAAAUCCCACCACCACUGUUUCUGCAGGGGGCUGGUUCAUCGAUAAGACUGGAAGAAAAGAUCAGGAAAACAUCCUGAUCGACUUGUCUGCCGAAUCAGCCAGCUCUGCGGUCACGAAAGACACAGAUUUAUCAGCGCUGGAGCCUGAAAAGAAGCCGAAGAGCAAGAAGAAAGAAAAAAGAAAAAAACAGAGAGAAGAUGAAAGUAAAGGUGUUGAUGCCGACAUUGAGGAAAGUGUCAUGGCCAAAAAAGCUCGGACCAAACCUCCUGAACUUCAGCAUUCCACAGUGAAAUUUGAAGACGUUGGCGGUAAUGAAGAAACUCUGACGGAGUUGUGUAAAUUACUCAUACACAUGCGUCAUCCAGAAGUGUACCAGCAGCUAGGAGUGAUGCCUCCACGAGGUUUCCUUCUUCAUGGACCACCCGGCUGUGGGAAAACCCUCCUGGCUCAAGCUGUUGCUGGGGAAAUGGAGAUGCCCAUAUUGAAGGUCUCUGCUCCAGAGCUGGUGUCGGGCAUUUCGGGGGAAUCGGAGCAGAAACUACGUGAGCUGUUUGAGCAAGCUGUGAGCAGUGCUCCCUGUAUUCUGUUCAUUGAUGAGAUUGACGCCAUCACCCCAAAGAGAGAGGUGGCCUCCAAGGACAUGGAGAGGCGAAUUGUUGCUCAGUUACUCACCUGCAUGGAUGACUUGAAUUCCUCACACAACUCAGCUCAGGUGUUGGUUAUUGGAGCCACCAACCGGCCCGAUGCUUUAGAUCCAGCGUUGAGAAGGGCAGGACGUUUUGACAGAGAAAUCUGUCUGGGAAUACCAGACGAAGGAGCGCGUAUCAAAAUUCUUCGUACUCUUUGUCGGAAGCUGAAGCUGGCAGCAGACUUUGACUUUGCACGGCUGGCACGGCUCACACCUGGAUAUGUCGGUGCGGAUCUGAUGGCACUGUGCCGUGAGGCAGCCAUGACUGCUGUAAACCGACUCCUGCUGCUGCAGCUCGAAACUGGUAUCAAGUGUCAGAACAUCGAUGAUGUCAGGACCAAGUCCCAGGAUGUAAGCAUGUCCAGUGAUGUGGCAGAAGACAGUGGACAGGCUUCAGAUCAUUUAAGUCCAAAACAGGGGGAGCUAGAACAACUGCUGUCUCUACUGAGAAACAGCGAAUCUCUGAGUGAGGAACAGCUUGCUGAUCUCUGCAUCAACAUGGAUGACUUCAUGGAGGCUUUGGCACGGGUCCAACCAUCUGCCAAGCGUGAAGGUUUCGCCACUGUGCCUGAUGUCACCUGGGAUGAUGUCGGUGCACUGCAAGACAUUCGGGAGGAACUCACCAUGGCCAUCUUGGCUCCUGUACGUUUUCCAGAGCAGUUCAAAGCUCUGGGAUUGAGUGCCCCUGCCGGAGUGCUGCUCGCUGGACCUCCAGGCUGUGGAAAGACUCUUCUUGCCAAAGCUGUUGCCAAUGAGUCCGGCUUAAAUUUUAUAUCAGUCAAGGGCCCCGAGCUACUGAACAUGUAUGUUGGUGAAAGUGAACGGGCAGUUCGCCAGGUGUUCCAGAGAGGACAGAACUCUGCCCCCUGUGUCAUCUUUUUUGACGAGAUUGAUGCCCUUUGCCCCAGACGUUCUGGCCAUGAGUCUGGACCCAGUGUGCGUGUGGUGAACCAGUUGCUGACCGAGAUGGAUGGGUUAGAAACGCGUCGCCAAGUUUUUAUCAUGGCUGCCACCAACCGGCCAGAUAUCAUAGAUCCAGCGGUCAUUCGACCAGGCCGCUUGGACAAAGUGUUGUAUGUGGGUUUGCCUCCAGCUGAUGACAGGCACGCAAUAUUGCUCACAAUUACCAAGGGAGGAACUAAACCUCGCCUGGACUUAGAUGUGAGCUUGAGGGAAAUUGCCCAUGACCAACGUUGCGACUGUUUCACUGGGGCAGACCUGUCAGCACUGGUUAGAGAGGCUUCGGUUAACGCGUUAAAAACCCAUCUCGGCUCUCAGACAGCUGCACCACAUGCAGGGCACACAUUCUCCUCCGGGUCUGUUAAAGACAUUAGAGUCAGCAGGCAGAAUUUUGAGGAGGCUUUCAAAAAGGUGCGGCCGUCCGUCUCCAAAAAGGAGUUGUGUAAAUUACUUGUACACAUGCAUCAUCCUGAAGUGUACCAGCAGCUAGGAGUGGUACCUCCACGAGGUUUCCUUCUUCAUGGGCCGCCCGGCUGUGGGAAAACCCUCCUCGCUGUUGCUGGGUCUGGAGCCAGUGUGCGUGUGGUGAACCAGUUGCUGACUGCGAUGGAUGGGUUGGUGAAGCGGCACCACACGUACAUCAUGGCCGCCACCAACCACCCAGAAUACAGACCCCAUAUUGCUCGCUAUUACCAAGGGAACUAAACCUCACCUGGACUUGGAUGUGAGCUUGAGGGAAAUUGCCCAUGACCAACGCUGCGACGGUUUCACGCGAGUAUUAGACAACAGUAAAGAAUAAAGCUAAAUGUGUGAUAGAACAGAAUAGGUAGUUUAUUAUAUAUUACUUUUAAAGGUAAAACAUUUCCUGCUUGUGUAUGUAAAGAACGUUAUUUGCAUGUUAGAUGUUUUUAUUGUUUUUUGCUAAGGGUGAUGACUUUGUUUUAUUGAGGUUGACUGGCAUUUGCUGAUGUGACGGUAGUUAUGAAUUAAGACCCCAUCUCGACUCUCAGGCAGCACAUCCAGUCUGGAGCCAGUGUGCGUGUGGUGAACCAGAUGUUGUCAGAAAUGGAUGGGUUGGUGAAGCGACACCAGAUUUACAUCAUGGCCGCCACCAACCGGCCAGAUAUCAUAGAUCCAGCAUUUCUUCGACCGGGCCGCUUGGACAAAAUAUUGUACGUCAAUUUCCCUCCUGCGGAUGACAGACACUUAAUAUUACAUGCAAUUACCAAGGUGAAUUUAUUUGUUUUAACAUGAUAGCUGUAUUAAUCUGAUUGUAUAGACCAGUAACAUGAACUGAAUUUCAAGUAAAUUGUUAAUAAUCCAUGGAAUUGUCACAGGGAACUAAACCUCACCUGGAUUUGGAUGUGAGCUUGAAGGAAAUUGCCCAUGACCAACGCUGCGACGGUUUCACGCUAAAUAAAGCUAACUGUGUGAUAUAAUAAACUACCUACCUUUGUUCUAUGUUACUUUUGAAUGUAAAACAUUUCCUGCUUGUGUAUGCAAAGAAUUUAUUUGCAUGUUAGGUGUUUUUAUUGUCGCUAUUACAUUUUUUGCUAAGGGUGAUGACUUUGUUUUAUUGAGGUUGACUGGCAUUUGCAGAUGUGAUGUUAGUCUCACUGGAGUCAUUAAGUUUAUCUUAUUAAACCAUCUCUCUCUCUCUCUGUGUAGUGGGGCAGACUUGUCAACACUAGUUAGCGAGGCUUCAUUUAACACGUUAAAUGCCCAUCACGACUCUCAGACAGCUGUACCACAUGCAGGUAAACACACGUUUACGGUUGCCGCCUUCAUUAAGUGAAAAUAAGGGACAGCUCCGACAAACGGUUAUUUAUUAUUAAAAUUAUUAUUGUUUCCACUUAACUCUAACCUCGGCAUCCUCUACUCUCACUCCAAUUAACUUCAUGUCCUCAUUUAACACAUCCAUAUAUCUGCUACCUUCAUCUCUGCCUCAUGUCUUUUCCUCACUGCUACAGUCUCUAACCCUUACAAGCAGAGCUGGUCUACUGUCUUGUACACCUUUCCUUUAAUUCUUGAUUCUUGCUGACACUCUUCUGUCACACACAACACUCCUGACACUUUUCUCCAUCCACUCCAGCCCGCCUGCACUUGCCCCUUUGCAAGAUUUUAUAUCAUAAAAAUGCCUUUGAGAUUUAGUAAUCCGUCAUUAUUUGGGUUUCCUUCUGAGUCUGGUUCCUCUCAAGGUUUCUUCCUCAUAUUAUCUCAGGGAGGUUUUCCUCACCACCGUCACCUCAGGCUUGCUCAUUAGGGGUCGAUGUUAUAUAUAAAUAGUAACUUAAUUUUAAACUUUACCUUUUUUAUUCUGCUUCUAUUCUUCUGUAAAGCUGCAGCUACAGCUGUCUAUUGUUAAAAGCGUUAUACAGAUAAAUUGAAAUUAUAAAUUUUAAUUGAAUUUAAUAGAAUCUGCUCUGGGCAGCUGAAUCCACCUGUCUUUUUUGUGCACAGAAAUGCCAAUAAUUCCUUUGUAUUUACAAAUGGUCCACACGUGCAUGUUAAAUGCUUUGAUCGUAGUGUCCUCAGGUCCAUGUGACUUACGAGUCAGCAAGCAGAAUUUCGAAGAGGCGUUCAAGAAGGUUCGGCCGUCCGUGUCCAAAGAGGUGAGUGCACUAAACGCAAGAGCGCCGGACACAAUAAUACUGAUAUGUAGCGAUCUGAAAAUAUACUGUUUAUUCUAUUAAAUAAGUAAAAAAAAAGUGAGCGAGGGAACAGUUCAUACAUUGAGCAGCUUCUGUAGUGUCUGCAGUUUAGUCUGUUUGUUUAGAUGUUUAUCCAAAACAAGUGCAGUUCUGUAACCCAGCAUCAAGUCAGAAGAGCUAAUGAUUCCCCUAAGAGCUCUAAUAGCUUCAAAACCCAUGGCCUUGUGGGAUGUAAGCAGGUGCAUGUGUGUGUUCUCGUAGCUCAUGAUGCUUGUCGAGUGCUUCAGUGAACCAUUUUGUCCAGUUACCAGGUGCCAAGACAUUUUCUCUUCUAUACAAAUUUCCCACCCUUCCGUCGCCAGAUGAGUGUCGUAUAGUGAGAUUUUUUAUUAUUAUUAUUAAACGUAGCUGCUAUUUAUACACUGUUUGCAUUGCUGGAGCAAAGUCAGCUCUGGCUCCUGGUUUGUGGUUGUAGAAAUAAACAGGUCUGUGCUACUUGGAAUUUGUGCAGCAAAUGAUCUUUUUUUAGCCAUUGCAUCAUUUCUCAUUCCUCUGUUAGAAAAGCAAAUAAUAACCAGUCUCACCCUCUGGGCAUUUGAUGUCACUGAGGCGUCAGUUAUUAUCUAGAAUUAUUAUGUGGUUUUCAAAUACAGAAGA